AUGACGGAAUCAAAGCAUAACCAUCAACUGAUCACAGAAGCCAACAAGGCUUUCUACGAGCUCACCGCCGCCGAGUAUGACAACAUGGGCCGAGGAAUGGUCAUUGAUGUCGCCAAGACCAAUGCUUCCAACAUCCUCUCAAGAGUACCCGGUAUCAGGUCCUCCUCUACGGAGUUGAUGGAUUUUGCUGCUGGCACCGGUUUGCUUGCCAUGUUGGUCGCCCCACAAUGCAAGUCGGUCACAGCAGUAGACCAGUCCGAGGCGAUGAUCCAGCAGCUGCGCAAGAAGUUGGAUGCUCAGAAAAACUCUUCUAAUCGCAUCGAUAACAUUGUUCCUGUCGUCGCUGACGUCCUUGCUGAAGGCUCAUCUGGUGGCGAACUGGAGGGAAAGCAAUUCGACGUCAUCACUUGCACGAAUGCUUACCAUCACAUCAGCGAUCCAAAGAAGUUGACGCAAGUGCUCGCUAGCUAUCUCAAGCCAGGCGGACACUUGGCGGUGGUGGAUCUGAUCAAGACAGAGAAGUCAGCCGAAUUUCACACCGCACCAAGGACGUUCGAGCAGGAAGAUGGGUUACACAAACAGAUCGAAGACUUUGAUGCCAAGCCUGAUGAACAGUCCGAUCAGCACCGACACCAUCAUCAUGGACAUGGGCACAGGCAUGACCACUUUCACGGUCACAGUGACCAUCACGGACACGAUCAUGAUCAUGGACAUGCCAGCCACAAGCAUGAGAACGUCAUUGCUCACAGAGGCGGAUUCACCGACCCUGAGAUGGAAGACUUCUUCACUGCAGCAGGUCUCAGACUCGUCAACAUGGGCAAGUCAGCUCAAUUCGUCAAGGAUGGUAAAAAGUACGACAACUUCCUUGCCAUCGCACAAAAGUCUUCAUAG